AUGUCAAUCCUCCAAAAUAAACAGCAAUCUAAGGUUACUCGGAGUGCGGGAGACGAUGAUUGGGUGAAAAGAGCGAGGGCAUAUCACUUUGACCCACAUGAACUUCUCAUUCAUAUGAUCUCCAUGACACGUGAUAAUAAUUGUCUUUUUGCAUAUGACACGAGUUCACUUAUGGAACAAUAUGAAUUUUUAAAAAGCCGACCACCUUCGAAACUUUCCUUAUUGUUCUCAGAGCACAGUCGCGCUGUAGAAAGAAUGUCGACCUCAAAAUUUUGGGCAACUUUGGCGCACGAUAUUGGCAGCUUAUUGAGUGAUGACGGUGAUUUAGAUGAAUAUAACGUUAUAAUUCAAGUUGGUCAAUCUCCUAACUCUCAACGUUUUCAUGCUCACUCAAUUAUAUUAAGAGCUAGAUCACCAUACUUUCGUACCGCACUCUCAAAGAAAUGGGUGAAAAGGGAUGGCAAUGUUGUGAUAUUUUCAAAGCCGAAUAUAUCACCAAAAGUUUUUGAUACCAUCCUUCAGUUUAUGUAUAGCGGUGAAGUUUCAUUGCAAAAUAAGAGUAUUGUGGAUGCCCUCGAUCUAUUAGUGGCAACUGAUGAACUAUUGUUAACAGAAUUAUCGGAUCAUGUACAAGAAUAUCUUCUUUGUCAAGAAGAUGGAUGGUUGAAGGACAAUAUAAUAGUACUUUGGAGAAAGAUUCAUCAGUAUGAGUCAUGUCGGAAGCUUCAAGAGUAUUGUCUUCAGUUGAUUUGCAAAGAGCCUCAUUACCUUUUUGAUUCCGACGAAUUCUUGGCGAUGGACGAGACGUUGCUUAUUCCGUUCUUAAAUUUAGAUAAUUUGCAAAUUAGUGAGGUUGAAAUUUGGGACUAUCUAAUCCAGUGGGGAAUAGCGCAAAUCCCUUCAUUGGCAUCAACUCACAUAAACGAUUGGACUACCGAUGAUUUCGAUGUCCUCUCCAUGAAAUUAAAAAAUUGCAUACCGUUCAUUGGACUUAAUCAAAUUUCCUCGACCGAUUUUUUUGAUAAAGUUUGGCCCUAUAGAAGCAUUUUACCUGUCAAUAUAUUGGAAGAGAGCAUGAGAUAUUAUUUGAAGCCCUCAUGCCCACCAAAACCCGUCGUGUUGGCGAAAAGGUUACAGUUUGAUUCUGCGCUCAUUCGACCUUGUCAUGCCGCAUUGAUCUCCAGUUGGAUAGACAGGUUAGGGCAGAAAAGAUAUUUAUACGAAGAGAUCCCGUAUAGAUUCCAAUUGUUGGUUAGAGGUACGAAGGAUGGCUUUGAUUCAAAGAUCUUUCAUGAAAAAUGUGAUGAUAAGGGUAAAACUGUUGUGGUGAUGAAAAUCCAUAGUACUGGCGAGGUUAUAGGAGGAUUUAGCCCAGUCUCCUGGAUGACAAGAGAUGGAUACUGGAAUACCGAAGACAGUUUCUUGUUUACCUUUGGGAAUCGUGGGGUAGUAGAAGACGCCAAAUUGAGUCGUGUAUCGAGGCAAAG